UUAGGUCUCUUCUGUAGCGCAUCUCAGGUGAGAUCAGUGAACAUCGGUGCACAUUUAACCAGUCUAACUCUGAAAGGGCAAGAGGAACGAGAGAAAAUAACAGGAAUAACAUCAGAUCUGUUUAAAGACAACACAAAAACAUCCCGGCGCUGAUCGUUUUAAGAGGGAAUGCCAUCGAUCGAUAUGAAACUGGAACUGGUGACGCUCAUCGCCUGCGACGUGGAUGAUGAGGUGUUCACGUCUGACAAGAUGCAGGAACGUUUUGAGUCACUAUUUCGGAUCUAUGACGAUCAAACAUCCUUCCAGAUGUUUAAGAGUUUCCGGAGAGUGAGGAUCAGCUUCAGUACACCAGAGGCAGCUGCACGUGCUCGCAUCGAGCUACACGAGUCCGAGUUCAACGGUUCCAAACUCAAACUUUAUUUCGCACAGGUGCAGAACUCAGGUGAGGAUGUGGAUAAAGCAUAUCUGGCCCCGCCCCAACCUGUGAAGCAGUUCCUCAUCUCUCCGCCCUCUUCCCCACCUGUGGGGUGGAGCCAAAGCGAAGACGCCACCCCCGUCAUCAACUACGACCUUCUGUGUGCAGUGGCCAAACUGGGCCCAGGGGAGAAAUACGAGCUGCACGCAGGUACGGAUUCCACACCCAGCGUGGUCGUGCACGUGUGCGAGAGCGAGACGGAGGAGGAAGACGAGGCCCGGCCCAAGAUGAAAAUCGUCCAGACACGACGUCCCGACAGCCCUCCGAAAGUCUACAACUAAACCCACCUCUCUGCAUGUGUCCUCUGUCUAAAUCUGUCUCUCUCUAUCUCAUAUGGAGGCAAAGACACCCUUCAUUUCAGCUCUAAUUAAAAAAAAAACUUAUAAAAUUGGAAAGAAAUUUAGAGGGGAAAGCGUUUGUCGCUUACGAUGGGAAAGGACGGACCGAGUUAGUCUUGACUGGAAGAACUGACACACAGACAUGCCACUGUCUCACAGAAAAGCAAAGGUAGCAUGGAAGGGGGGGUAAGAAACCUCCUGCAAUCAGAGCACUUUUCAUUCACUCAUUCCCACACUCCUGUAGUCUCAAAUUAGUGUAGCUUUAGAGGAUGGGCAGAAAUCUAAACUUAGCUAAAUGUAGAAGUAGAAGCUGAAGUAUUGGUUUCAUAUCAGACUUUAUUUCUAGCAUUCAGUAACUGAUCAUGGAAGAAUAACACAAAGGGAAGCAACGUUUUUCUUUUUUUGUGACUCAUGUCACAAAUCAGGUGAUGGGUUUAUACAGUCCACGUGAUCAGGAUGCGUGUGUGUGUUAGUGAUACAUUAAGAUGCAGACAGAAAGCCAGUUAAUUGUACACACACGCACACACACACACAUACACACACAUACACACACACACACACACACACACACACACACACCACUUGCGGUUGCUGUCUUCUAAAAGGGUCGGUUGGAUUUUAUUUUUUUUUACUUAUAAACAUGGAAAUGUUUGUUUACUAAACUAUAUGUGUGUUGUUGUGAUUAAUAUUGUUCUUACAAUGCAUUUGAUACCACAAGCAUUCUUUGCAUGUUAACUGCUGUAGCUUAACACAGAUCAUUUUAUACCGAACGGCAGAAAUCAAACGAUGCUGAAGUUUGCCUUCGAUAUGUAUCCUGCUCCUGCUCCAAGUCCAGAAGGCUGUAAAUGAGGCUUUACGAGACAAAUGAGGAUUGUCUGUAUAUCUUUGAGAGUUAGAAGCUUCCUGCUGUGAGUUACAGAGGAGGAAAUCUUUUACUCGUGGUAAUUUUCGUUUUUUUUCCCAGUCUAUUCUCAGCACUGUGCUUUAGUCUGUUUCUGCUCAGCUUGCUUGGUGUUUUGUGAAGAUUUCCUUUUUUAAAAAAAAAAAAAAAAUCACAUAAACCUUAAACGGAUAAAAGUAGUCACAUGAAAUACCCUUUAACUUGUAAAAUAAGGUGUCAUGUGAUGAAAACUUUGUGAUGUAAAGAGACAGUCACAUAGAGGGAGAAGCAACGUAAAAGUAGUUUGUUAAUGGGAUACAACGGUUUGGAAAAUGCUGGAAUUUAAUCCUAAAAAGGGUUCAUUUUUGUCCUCCGCCAGCUUUACACUUUGCAGUUAGUUACACCAGCAGAAAGGAAGCAUAUGUUUCAUUUGCUGGUUUGAACAUAAACAAAAUUAAAAUCUUACCUUAUAUCUUACUCUUUACACCAACCCACUGCAAUACCCAACAUUUCCUGUAAAUAAAAUGUCCCGUUAAGUCUGUUUAAAGCAGACAGUGUAAAAACGCUUACCUCCAUUUUAUUUUAUUUUCUUUCUUUUGCAGUUUAUUAGGAUGAUUUAUUCCUUUAAUAGGGAUUAUUCAAAAGGAAAGGAUUCUAAUACAACAAAUAUGAAGAUGUGGAAAAUGUCAUCAGACUGAGACAAACAAUUUUAAUAGGUGACAGCUAAACUGGAUCAGUGGACGAGGCAUUGGGUAUGAUAUGGUAGAGGUUAGCACGUGUGCCUCUCACCUCCAGGGUUGGGCAUUCGUUUUCUGGCUCCACCCCAUGUGUGUGGACUUUGCAUGCUCUCUGUGUGGUACUCUGUUUUCUCCCCCUGAGUCCAAAGACGUGCUUUGCUGAUUUCCCUGGCAUUUCUCUUGGCAUCCCACAGUGUGAAGGUGUGUGUGUGUGUGCGCGCCCUGAGAGAAUCCCCUGGGAUAGACUCUGGCUUCCCUGAGACCCUGUGUACUGUAGGAGAAGCUCUAAAAUAGAACAUUGGAUUUUUAUUUUAUUUAUUUAUUUUUAUUUUUACAAAAAUGCUGUUAAAUUAGUAGCUUUAGAGCCCAAACAACAGAACAGAACAAGUGCAUACCAGUAAAUGAGAAGAGAUUUAUAAUAUACAGGAAUAUGAUGUAAUUGAAUCAUAAUUUUAUUGUAAGGAGCUGCUGAUUUUGCUCAUGAUUUAUCAAGAAGUCACACUAGGUGUGGGAAAUCUUACGGGUCUGGAAAUUCGACACGCUGCUCGUUUUAAAUUAAGUGCUUUCAACAUGGUUUAGGACUAAACCUACGUUCAGCUGGUACCGCUGUUGAGAAUUCAGUCCAGGAAUCCGUCUGAUUUUUCUUAAUAUCAGGAUUAUUAUAUUGCAUAAUUUAUUAAUGGGCUGACAAAAUGACUACCAAAAGCUUAUUGUGAAAGCAAAUCAACCACAAAGAAAGGAGUAAGAAUAUGAAUACAGCUCAGAAGCUCAUAUAUAUUUUGUAGAUUGGUAAGAAAAUCUCUAAAUUGAAGUUUGAUUUCUGGCAGAAACAUGUUGAUUGCUUUGUAGAACACUUUAUUAGUUUGGACGUUGUCACUUUCUAUCAUUCUCACUGUUGUCAUUUUCCUUGCUGUCUAUUGUCUUUUUUUUUUUACCAUGUCAUUUACUGCGUCGUUCUUGCUGUCAUUUUAACACGACGCUACGCCUAUUGUCUGCUUGUGCCGUUUUUCCUGCCGUCUGAAUUUACAAGCCCAUAUAAAUGCCUUGACUACUAACAAAGUGCUUCACAGUGACAGAUGCUAAUUAAUUUUCCUAUAAACUGGUCUAUGUAUUUUCAAAACUCAACCUGACUCAUGUGUCACGAGUCGUUUUCAUGAAAGAGGGAAACAAACUCUGUUUCUUUGUCCAAAGCACUUUACGUAGGUUCUGUUUAUAUAGUUCAUAAUGAUUUAAUCAGCAAAGAAGACUAGAGGCAAAUAAAAAUGUAAAUAAAGAACAGGAUUGAUGUAGCCGUCAGAUGAAAGGACACCUCAAACCAAACAGGAUGAUAAGACAACAUUAUGACAAAGACAAUGUGUAUACAAGUACAGGACAAAGCAGUAGCCCGAGAGCUUGAGCACAUUUUGUCUCCUGGCUUUUUUUUUUAUUAUUCUUCGUAGUUGGCAGGUUCAACAACAGGAGAAGGAAAAUAAACCCUGAUUUAUGUUGAUGUCCUAGAAAAUAAGGACUAAACAGUUAUCUACUCCCUCCCUGGGAAUUUAUGCAUAUUUUAUACAUGAUUUCCUGUAGUCUCUAUUAAUGCUUUAGUUAUUUUUUAGCCCAGAAAUUGUUUUAGAACACUGGAGCUUCCGCUUGCCCUGUGGCUCGAUAUUACAUGUCCACCCCAGCACAUCAGUUUUAUACAGUGCAGUCAUCAUGUUUCUGGUAUAAAUCUGACUUCAUACUACAUUUUCCAGAAAAAAGCCUUUUUCUAUAACGAUUUGAUUUGAACAACUUGUCCUGUAGUCGCCCUAAAGACGAGUUUAAAAUGUUAAAAACACGCAAGAACAAAUCACACAAUACUCCACAUUAACUGCAUGCUCUGUGGGGAGCUGGGGGAGCAUUUCAGCAUAAACACGCAAUUUCAAAUGCGUUUUAAACGUGUAAAAAGGAUGCUUUUGGCAUGUUUUAUCCGACAAGCUCAUCACACGCACGUAGGCAGAUAAACUGUGAUUUGUCACCUGCGUUGGACGUCUGUGCUUUGGCUGAUCGCUUCACGUUGUCUUUUUCCUUCGUGUCAAACCAAUGAAACUGAGCCUUUUUUGAGAAGCCAAAAAAAGUGCAUGUUUAAGUGAAUCGGCUACCUCUGAGGGCUCGCGUCAUGAAAGCACUUUAUUACUGCUGAAGUUGUAUCUUUGAGCUACCAGCUUUGAGCUGUACAUCAUUUUGUUUCCUCUGUUGUUUUCAGGUAGCCUUGUCACCAGCAGAAUACUGAUAUGUAUCGACUGUAUCGCACCACUCCAUGUUGCUAUUUUACCUGCUUGUUUUGUCUAGGCAGCGUAAAGACAUUGUGUACACAGAACAACAAUGUGGUGUUGUUAAAACGUCUGGGUUGAGGGAGUGUGUGUAUGUGCAGCGGGUUGUUUGAUGUUGCAAGCGUACACCUUAAAAAGAAACAGAGAGAAUCAUAACACAACAGAGCAUCUGACUAUUCCUGACCUAUCCGAUGCUCCGCAGGUGAUAAUGCUGAUGACAAUGAUGCUUUUUUUAGUUAUUUUUUAAUCUUUUUUUUUUUUUACUUUUUCACGUGCGACUUCACGUUUCUGUACUUUAAAAAAUGAUACGUGUUGGACUUUGUAAUGUGAUGAACUUUUAGCAUUUUAGUUCUUUUAUUUUCUGGAAUUGCACAAAAUGUCAAUUCUGUCACUGUUGAAAUAUUAAUAUUGUCUUGCACCAUAGCUAGUAGCUAAAGGGAAAAAAAAACGUAGCACUAAAGCAAUAAUUUCACUGUUGUUUAUCUGCGUCUCUUCUCCUGUAGGUGUUUCUUUGAUGAAUUGUAUCCCUAACUGUCUAAUUGCUUAUGUUUGUGUAGGUAUUAUUGUCAAUUGUUUCACACCGAUAUCUAUAUAUAUAUCUAUAUAUAAACAAUAAUUCCCUAAAACAUUUUGUUGUUUUGUUCUCCGUUUAUGGCUUUCAAAUCUUGUACUUUAACCUGUAAAUAAUGAUAAAAUACAGACUUUUCAAUUCUUAUUGGUCAGAAGGUGUAGAGUAAUUAAUUCUAGUUAAUUUUUUAAAAAAGCAUCAUAUUUCAAACCUAUAUUUUGUCACAUAUACAUUGCAGCACAGUGAAAUUCUUUCUUUGCAUAUCCUAACUUUGGAGGUUGGAGUCAGAGCACAGGGUCAGAGAGCACCACUGGAGCAGAG